GUUAAAAUCACCAUUGAAAAGGUCGCGUAUCACGCAGUACGAUGUGUGGUUCUGAACUACUAUUAAAAAGUAACGCGUACAUUCACCAUAUGAAUGGUGUGAUUGGAAAUGUUCUACGGCUCGAGCUGACAUCUGUCUGCCUGCUGCGGAAGGAAACAAGGAGGGGUCAGAAAGAGAGAGAAGGGACCAUAGAGAGAGAGAGAAACGUUAACAGUUUCAAAAGUCGACGGAAUUAGAGUUUCAAACUUCAAUAAUUUGAUCACCUAUCGUUAUAGACGUGUUAUAAGACUGGUCGGCCUUUAUCGUUUUUUUUGUCUUGUUGUCAGUGUUUGCGUUCUUGUUUUUCCUGGAUUCAUUGCGUGACAGUAUGUCUCGGUCUGACUUCCCCCCGGGUUACGAUGACUCUCAUGCCCCCCUCUAUGGCCCCCAAGGUGGUAACUACCCCCCUCCCCCCGCCUACGGCUUCCCUGCCAAUGGAGGUCCCACAUCAGGCCAGCCCUCAGCACCCUAUCCCUCUGGUCCCCAUGGACCUCCAUACCCCGGCCAGCCUGCCGGGUACCCUGCUGGGCCCUACCCAGGCCAGCCUCACCCUGGGGGUCCAGGUUACAACAACCAGCCUAUGAUGCCACCCAUGCCCCCUAUCAUUCCCCCUACGAUGCCAAGCAGUGCACUGAGCGGCGAUGGGGAGGGGUUUGCGGCAGGCAGCUUUGACAGUCUGAAAGUGCGACACUCCUUCAUACGAAAGGUGUAUAUGAUCCUGGCAUCUCAGCUACUCGUCACUGUCGCAAUCGUGGCCGUCUUCACAUUUGUUGAAUCUGUCAAGCUGUUUGUGAUCAGAAACCCAGCUGUCUACUGGGCGUCAUUCGCUGUGUAUUUUGUCACUCACAUUGUGCUGGUCUGCUGUAAAGGACCCAGGAGGAAAUUCCCAUGGAAUAUCAUCCUGCUGGCCAUCUUUACACUGGCCAUGUCCUACAUGACUGGGACCAUAUCCAGUUACUAUGACACUAAGGCAGUGUUUCUGGCUCUGGGCAUCACCGUCAUCGUGUGUAUCAUCACCACUGUCUUCUGCUUUCAGACCAAGGUGGACCUCACCUCAUGCACAGGCCUAUUCUGUGUCCUGGGGGUCGUUGUCAUGGUGGCAGGCAUCAUCACAGCCAUUGUGCUCUCCUUCAAAUAUAUUCCUUGGCUUCACAUGGUGUAUGCGGCCGUUGGAGCAGUAGUCUACACACUGUUUCUUGCGUACCACACACAGCUGUUGAUCGGCAAGGGGAAGAACUCUAUCAGUCCAGAGGAGUAUGUGUUUGCAGCGCUCUCCAUCUACAUCGACAUCGUCCAGAUCUUCCUGUGCCUGCUGCAGCUUAUUGGUGCAGCCAGCAGAUGAAUCACUGGAAACAACGUUCCCUCCCAUCCCCACCCCCCAGAGACAGGCAGACUCAGCUCACCAGAGUGCAACUGCACUCACUAUAGAAUUAGAAUGAGUAGUAUGGAAAUACUGGUGUACCUACCACAGAACGUUGUUUUGAAUGGGAACGUUCUUUCUACAAAUUCUAAUUCUAUGGUAUUGACUACGCAAACACACAUAUUUAGCACUUUUCAUCAAGUCUACUCUUCUGCUAAAAUGUAUCUGCUUGCAAAGACAUAUGUAGUAAUAUAUCAGUAUAGACACCAGUGGUGUAAAGUAACUAAGUAAAAUACUUUGAAGUACUAUUUAA